AAUCCCAGCUAUCUGAACGUUGUGUUCAUGUGCUCUAGCUAAUCUUCAUUUAUCAUAGCUGUGCGCCGACAAAAUGCCGUCAGGUGAACGAACGGUCUGCGUGACUGGAGCCGGAGGAUUCAUCGCAUCCUGGCUCGUGAAGUUGCUCUUAGAGAGAGGUUACAGGGUUAAGGGAACGGUCCGAAAUCCAGAUGAUGCGAAGAAUUCUCAUCUGAAGGAGCUUGAGGGAGCAAAAGAGCGCUUGAUACUUUGCAAAGCGGAUCUACUUGAUUACAGGAGCCUUCUUGAGGCAAUCAACGGUUGUGAUGGAGUGUUCCACACAGCGUGUCCUGUGUUGGUAGAUCUGAAAUUGCAACAACUGGCGCUGGAGCCGAAUGUAACUGGAACGAAGAAUGUCAUCAACGCUUCAGCUGAAGCCGGAGUGGGCCGCGUUGUCUAUACAUCGACGAUCGGGGCCGUGUACAUGGACCCUAACAGGAGCCCAGAUGUGGUGGUGGACGAGAGCUGCUGGAGCGAUCUAGAAUACUGCAAGAACACCAGGAACUGGUACUGCUACGGAAAGACGGUGGCCGAGCAAGCUGCAUUCGAGCUGUCUAGGGAGAGAGGACUAGAUGUGGUGGUGGUGAACCCAGUAAUUGUGUUGGGCCCACUCCUCCAGCCCACCAUCAACGGGAGCACGGGCCACAUAGUUAAAUAUCUGACCGGGUCGGCCAAGACCUAUGCCAAUGCCAUCCAAUCCUACGUAGAUGUGAGGGAUGUCGCAGUGGCCCACUUGCUCGUCUUUGAGAAUCCAUCAGCUGCGGGCCGCUACAUCUGUGGGGAGAGCUGUCUACACAGAGCUGAUGUCGUCCAACUGCUCUCCGAUCUCUUCCCUCAAUAUCCCAUCCCCACCAAGAAACAUUCGUGCAGGUGCUCGGACCAAAUAAACCCAAGGGUAAAGCCCUACAAGCUAUCGAACCAGCGGCUCAAGGAUCUGGGUCUGGUCUUCACACCAGUUCGGCAAUCCCUCUACGACACCGUCAAGAGCUUGCAGGAGAAGGGCCACAUCCCCAUCCACCAUCCAUGCAAGCGGGCCACCAGCUCGCUCUAGCACAUUUGAUUUAAAAUAAAAAUAAAAAUCACUAAGCCAAUCCAAUGUGAUCCAAACGUACGACUUAGGAUCAGCAUCGAUGGCACUCCAGAUGUGCUUCAAGGAUGGCUUUUAAAAGUCACAAUAUAAUUAUUUAUGUGGAAAAAUUAUUAUAUUUCCAAUAAGAUGAAGAUCAGGUAAAUCUACCCAACAGUCGUGCGGGUUAUAAAUAAGAUGUUAUGCAUUUCCUUAUCAGUGGAUGUAAUUGAUCUUUUCAUGUAUGGACGUAUAAAUCCUAAAGUUUGGCUUGGA